UAAAAUUAUAGCAAAUCUACUGUAGUCGUAGUAGAUAUUAUCUACAUGUCGGUCUAUCUAUUGUCUACAUUUGAAACCGGAUUAGCCACAUCACUAUUGGCUAUUGAGUGACUUUUUUGCAUUCUGCGGAAAGAAGUUUCUGCGUAUUAUUUAUUGUUUAUUUGUUUUAAUUUACUGAGAAUAAUCGAGAAUCUCCUCUUUUUUAUUUGUUAUUAUUGUGUAAUCUUACACAAAUUGUGUUUAGUACUACUUUAAAGUAGAGGGAAAGUGCAAAACAGAUAGAAAAUAGGUUGUAACGGGGUCUCCCGUUAUCUAAACAAAUACCUCAAAAACUUAUUAUGCCUCAUGAUUUAAAGGAGUUGGGUGGGAGGAAACCAGUAGUAAUGGCUCCCUUGUCGCCGACCCCGUGCGCGGAGAUCAGUGACGACGAGCUGGUCUCCAUCUCCGUGCGCGACCUGAACCGACAGCUCAAGAUGAGAGGACUCACCCGGGACCAGAUAGUCAGAAUGAAGCAGCGUCGUCGAACGUUGAAGAACCGCGGGUACGCCGCGUCGUGCCGCAUCAAACGCAUCGAGCAGAAGGACGAGCUCGAGACUGAGAAGAGCCAGGAGUGGCACGAUAUGGAACUAAUGCAAGACGAGAACAACAGGAUCCGUGAGGAAGUGGAAGCGUUGCGAGGGAAAUAUGAUGCACUAAAACGUUUCGCCAUCAUGAAAAAUAUACCAUUACCACCGGAACUGGAAAUACAGCCGUAGACCAGUUGAAAUAAGAUAGAUUUUACCUUAUUGUAGAUAAUAUGCUGUUUGAGGUAAUCAUGGCAAAGGAGUGUUAAUAUUAAUUACGUAUUGAAUGUAGGUACAGGUGCGUAAGAUAGAGUUGACUAUAGACUUUGUGUCUAACCUACUUAUAAUUAAGUAAAAUGAACAAUAAUAAUAUGAAUUAUGUAAUUAGUAGUGACUUUCAGAUUUUCCCACUUUGUUCCUGUUCAGUUUAGGGUCACGGUUUUGACUCACUGAAACUAGUAGCAUUCUACACUGGCUCUGGUACUCUGGUAGCUCUGGUCUGAAAUAUUGACAGUCAUCUCAACCGUACCGAACUCUGGUCUUAGAGAGCGUAGAGUAGCGACAUCUACCUUAAAAGAUAAAGUUCGAGCUACCACUAACAGAUGGCGCGUUUAACAAUAAGUUGAUAUUGCUGAGCGCAAGCAGUGUUUACUUGUUGGACAUUUACUGCGUUUAUUUCGUUUUCCAACUCCCGUCAUCGCCUCUAAUGAUACCUGAUUAUAAUUAUACUUAUUGUAACAAUAAUAAGUAACACAACCAGGUUACUUACCAGACAAUUUUGUUACACUAUUUUAGUUGUAAGAGCUAAUUUUAAGAAAACAUUUAUUUAUACAAUUACGUAAGCAAUAAACAAGUAUUUUAAGUAA